UAGCAGGUGCACAACGCAGGGAAAUCACAAAUACGGGAGGAAUGAUGCCAUAGCAUAUGGUGUUUUCCCGUUUCAAACAGCAGAAGACACGUCCGCCAGAAACCGUAACCUUGUGCUUUCCCUAUAAUAAUGUCACGAGCGCGUACCAUCUGCUGACCUUCCUUCUCCAGAGUGACUGCGGUCUCUGUGUAUAGAAGCCAUUCACUCUACUACCAACAAAAUGUCAGGCACCUACACACCAGCCCCUGGUGGGCCAUUCUCUGCUCUCACCCCGAGCAUGUGGCCUCAGGACAUUUUGGCAAAGUACCAUCAAAAAGACUCCUCAGAACAGCCUGAACCCCAAUAUGAUGAGUUUGGCUUCAGAAUGGACACUGAAGACGGUGAGGAGCCCAGGUCCUGGCUGGGCAGCGAAGGUUCACCCCAGCGUGAAGACCCCCAGCAGCGAUUGCGUUGGCAAGCCCACCUGGAGUUCACCCACAACCACACAGUGGGUGACCUGACCUGGGAGCUCAUUGAUCCUGUCCUUCCACGCUCUGAGCGUCUGCGUUCACUGGUGCUAGGGGGCAUACCUCACAGCAUGAGGCCACAGCUUUGGAUGCGUCUGUCUGGAGCUCUGCAGAAGAAGAGGACUUCUGAGAUCUCCUACAGAGAAAUCAUCAAGAACAGCUCCAAUGAGGACUCCACUACAGCGAAACAGAUAGAGAAGGACCUGUUACGGACGAUGCCAACCAAUGCUUGUUUCAGUAGUUUGACCAGUGUUGGAGUGCCAAGGCUGAGGCGGGUACUGAGAGGCCUAGCCUGGCUCUACCCAGACAUUGGGUACUGUCAGGGUACUGGCAUGGUGGUUUCCUGUCUGCUGCUCUUUCUUGAGGAGGAGGAUGUACUAUGGAUGAUGUGUGCCCUAAUCGAAGACCUCCUUCCUCCAUCCUACUUCUCCUCCACUCUGCUGGGCGUCCAAACAGACCAGAGGGUUCUCCGCCAGCUCAUUGUUCAGUACCUGCCAGCCCUCGACCGCCUUCUGCAGGAGCAUGACAUAGAGCUGUCGCUGAUCACACUCCAUUGGUUCCUGACAUCAUUUGCCAGUGUGGUGGACAUCCGUCUGCUCCUGAGGAUCUGGGAUCUCCUCUUCUACCAAGGAUCAUUGGUGCUCUUCCAGGUCACACUGGGCAUGCUCAAGAUCAAGGAGGAGGAGCUUGUAUCAUCAGAGAACUCUGCUUCCAUUUUUAAUACUCUGUCGGACUUGCCAAGCCAGCUGAGAGAUGGGCCUGCAGUUCUUGGGGAAGCUAUGAGGCUAGCAGGGACGCUGUCCCAGGAGAGUCUGGAGGCCCACCGACACAAGCACCUGGCUUAUAUCCUAAAUGAACAGGCUCAGCUCAACAAUGGAAACAACACAGCACUCAGCACAAAUCUCAACAAGGUGGUGAGGAGACAGUCCCUGCGCAGGAAGUCCACCUUGAGUUCCCUGCUGUUUGGGGAGGAUGAGGCAGAGGCUCUGAAGUCCAAGAACAUUAAGCAGACAGAGCUGGUGGCUGCCCUGCGAGAGGCCAUAGCCCGCACUGCAGAACACUUCCACUGUUUGGACCCAAGUCACUCCAGUACUGACCUGACUCCUGACUACUCCAUGGAGAGCCACCAGCGAGAUCAUGAAAAUUUCCUUGUCGUAUCCCGCAACCGACGGAGACGGGCAAAGGCUUUGCUGGACUUUGAGCGACACGAUGACGAUGAACUUGGCUUCCGAAAGAAUGACAUCAUCACUAUCAUCUCACAGAAGGAUGAACACUGUUGGGUAGGAGAACUUAAUGGCCUCAGAGGCUGGUUUCCAGCAAAGUUUGUGGAGAUCCUAGACGAAAGAAGCAAAGAGUACUCGUUAGCAGGCGAUGACGCUGUGACAGAGGCAGUGACAGACCUGGCCAGGGGCACACUGUGUCCAGCCCUAAAGGCCAUCUUUCAGCACGGUCUCAAGAAACCGUCUAUACUGGGAGGGCCCUGUCACCCUUGGUUAUUCAUAGAAGAGGCAGCCAGUAGAGAGGUGGAGAGGGACUUCAAUUCUGUCUACUCAAGGCUGGUGCUAUGUAAAACCUACAGGUUGGAUGAGGAUGGGAAAGUACUAACACCAGAGGAGCUGCUGUACAGAGCGGUGCAGUCAGUCAACAUGAGCCACGACUCGGCGCAUGCUCAGAUGGAUGUCAAGUUUAGGUCUCUUGUCUGCGUCGGCCUCAAUGAGCAGGUGCUGCACUUAUGGAUGGAGGUGUUGUGCUCCAGCAUGGCUGUUGUAGAGAAAUGGUAUCAUCCCUGGUCUUUCCUUCGCAGUCCUGGAUGGGUACAGAUCAAGUGUGAGCUCAGGGUCCUAUCAAAGUUUGCCUUCAGUCUCUCCCAGGAUUGCGAGCUACCUGACAAGAAAGAGGAAAAGGAGCAGAGACCAUUGAAAGAGGGAGUGCAGGACAUGUUGGUGAAACAUCACCUCUUCAGCUGGGACAUUGACGGCUAGACACACAACAAAAACACAGCUGAAUCCUACCCCGUCCUAUGCGUCUUGUGUAUAGUUGAUGUCUUUUCACUUGUUUCUUACAGACUGUCAAUCAUAUAUUAGACGCCAUUGUCUGCUACAGUUAGUGACUACUUCACAGACCCUAUCUGUCGCAUCACCUUUUCAGCGUUACACAAUGGUGACAUCCUAAUGAUGAUGACUAGGCAACCCUUAUGGCACCAUAAAGGUCGACUGGUUUGUAAGAGAUGAAGCGUGUGUGCAUAAAGGUGCAUACUUUUAUUUUUAUUCAGACCCACUAUAGGAGGUUUCACUUCUUAUUUAAAACUAUAUGAAGUUAUACAAGUAAAACACUCUUCUAGUACAGAAAAGUCUGUACACACUGGACUGGAACACACUACUGACUACACUGGCUGUUCAGCUUUUUAUAGCUGAUUUUGUGCUUUGUGCAGGAGUGAGGCAUUUAGUGCAUUCUCUUUCACUGGUUGUGUCUAUGUUAAAUGCAGCAUCAGGUGAUCACAAACACUGGGCCUUUUAACAUGGUCCUAAAUUCCACAUUAUGCUGUAAAUUCUCAAAAUUAAGACCAAAAUGGAACAUUCUUAAACAUUGAGCUGUAGAGUUAUAACUUAUUUUUGAGAGGAAUGCUGCUUACCUCAUUAUCACGAAUUCCCCAAAAUAUUUCAUCAAAUACUAAUGUUGCACACGCCAAGAAAAGCCUUUUCAAAUUAUGAUACCAGACUAUGGGUGUGUGUGCUACCUUAUCAGUGGUAGUGUGUAGUCUGCACUUGUAUGACAUAGUGUAAAUGAAGCAGAUGAAUACUUUUUGUGUUACAAUCUACUUUAAAUGUUACAUAAAUAUAAAUAAUAUAUAUAUAGAGAAUUUGUAAUGUUUUUGUGUAUAAAGUAAACACAUCUGUCAUUUGUAACUACAUGUAUCCUUGCAAGCUAAAGCAACUCAACACAGGACUAAAUCAUUACCAAUUUUCAGUUUCCAACUUUAAACUGCACAUACUUCAGCAAACAGGGAUUUCUGUUACUAAUUCAAACUGUGGACCAUGCUUGACAAUGCUAGACUGCAAGUGUGGCCUUUGAAAGGUUGAUGUUAAGAGAACUGAAUUAUUUUGUGAUAAAACAGCAAACUAAAGUUUAUGUUCACUUGUUGCAUUUUUAGCUGGUCAGUUUUGGGGUACUUA